AUGUUCUCCGGAAACUCUGCCCUCUUGGUUGUCGUCUUGAGCAGCCUCUCACUCGCUCAAGCUGCCGGUGACAAUCCCCCCAACCCAGCCGGCCCUACCAUCCCCGCAUGCGCCGCUAACUGCAUGUCGAUCAAGAUCAAGGAAGCCGCCGCCUGGUUCGGCCAAAGCGCUGUAUCAUCCUACUGCACGGCCUCCUCCCAAGCCGGUGACGCCAGCGCUAUCUCCUCCUCAUCUGCUCUCCUCUUCACCGCCAUCUCCUCCUGCGCAUUCUCGCUCUUCCUCUGA